AAGUCAAGUUUAACAGCAGGCCACACAAGCUGAGAGUAACAAACCUCUGGAUCCAGGCAUCAUCUUUGUGUGUUUCCAGCAACGACUAUGAGCUAAUCUACCUUCACAAAAGCUGUACUUCGGGGGGAACUUUCCUUGUUGAGGUCCAUCGCUUCGUUUAACGAACCUAAAAUUUUCUCCCAAUGGAACCUGAACAACCUAAUUAUUUCCAUACAAUUUUCCAGACUGGAAAGUUAUGAAGUAAAUUAGAAUGAUUAUGGCUUCGCUUUUUUGCGACUUUCUGGGACAAAUUCCGAGUAAGGAUUACAGAAAAAUCUCCCAAAAGUCUCAUUCGUCACGCCGUGUCCAGAUGAUGGAGCAGGAAGUUGUGGGAGAACCCGCACAGACAGACACAGAGCUGGACGUCUCGUAUUUGGAACAACGUAAAAUAUCUUGCCUACCACGGUGUCCAGAGACAGAGAGAAGUACAGUGUGUGGCCACCCGACUGUCGUGGCUCUCUCAUAUCAUAAGGAAAGUGAUACUAACUUCCGGUUGCUAGUUCCAACGAGUGGGAAUUCGAAAUGCCAAAUUGGACGUCAGAGUUCUGAGAAAACGCAAAGUGGAGGGAUGGAUCUGUGCGGUUCAGAUGUUCAGUCUAGAAUGUUCGGAGGAAUGAGGCGUGGUGGGAGAACGUAUGAGAACUGUCCUAGCCGUUUUGUCUCAGGUGACUUCGCAUGGAGAAAUAUCGUCAUCUCUGUUUUGCUUCUCUUUACAGCACCUUUAGCGUCUGGCCAAGGCUGUGAGAGGCCUCCUUUUGCCGUGAACGUCAACGAGACGGACCCUCCAG